CUGAGCGUGUCGCGCUGGACGGUGGCCGAGCUCGACGCCGCCCGCCACCCGCACGAGCUGCCGGGCCCCGGUGGCGGCCGCCGCGUGCGCGGCGCCCCUCCCCCGCGGGAGCGGCCGGUGCAGGUGCACGUGGACACGGCGCACUCGGGGUGCGGCGGCAUGGGCGAGGGCGGCGCGAAGCUGUGGGCCACCGCGCAGCAGUCCAUGGUCGGGCCGCGGCAGGGCCCCUGGAGGUACAGCCUCCGCCUGCGCCCGCUCACGGGCGCGACCUGGGCCCACGGGGGCGUCCGCAGCUCCCCGUGA